GAGCCAGAAGUUGAAGAAGAGGCCACAAAAGCGAGGAGACGAUCCAAACACAUUUCAUAUCUCAUUCAUCCAUUUGCUGGUGUGUGUUGGAAGACUCUGAUAAAAUGAAAGGCGUCCAAUAUUUUGCCGGUCUUCUUUUGCUCCUCUUUGUUCACAACAGCAUUUGCGUCCCACUGCAAGACGACAGCACAAGCACAGAGACAGCAGACAGUUUUUUGGCGAGGGGUCCAGGUUUGACGACCAUGAAGAGACAUUCAGAGGGAACUUUCUCCAACGACUACAGCAAAUACCUGGAGACAAGAAGAGCACAAGACUUCGUUCAGUGGCUCAUGAACGCUAAGAGAAAUGGUGGUUCUGUCAAACGUCACGCUGAGGGCACCUACACCAGCGACGUGAGCUCGUUCCUACAGGACCAGGCGGCCCAGAGCUUUGUGGCCUGGCUAAAAUCCGGACAACCCAAACCAGAUGUUGCAAACAACAGAGGUGCAAAUAUGGCGCAAAGGCGACAUGUAGACGGCAGUUUCACCAGUGACGUCAACAAGGUGUUGGACAGCAUCGCUGCUAAAGAGUAUUUACAAUGGGUGAUGAACUCCAAGGCAUCAGGGACAAGUGGCAAACGUGGUGGGAAUUAAUGAAGAACUGACGGGCUUCCCUGACAUUUGGAUCCUAAGGGGGAUUCGAUCAUCAAAACGAAUGAAAGCCAUAUCGCUUAAAAGCAAAAUGGAGACAAAUCUUGAAAUGAAAGCCAUAUUGUUUUAUUUUUUUCAACUUUAAGCACUGUGGUUAUUAUUUAUUUUCCCUAGUGUCAAAGAACAUUAUGUAAGUUGGUAUAACAACAAAAAAAGACUUAUUUUUCUAUAGUUUUGAGCUAUUUUCUAUGUGUGCUAUAAAAAAAAACAAACUGGGGUGAAUGCACGAAACGCUCAGGUAAAAAGUGAAGAUUUACGUGUGUCACUGCUGUAUCAAAGUGCUAUGGAAAAUGGUGAAAAAAAUGAAUAAACAUUUUCAUAUUCCA